AUGUCUUUCAAUGACCUGGACACCGUCAUCUUGAUGCUCAUCGCCACUCAGCUAAAACAACACGAAACAUGUCAGCCUGAACCACGUAUAGCUCAAUAUGCCACCAUAUCUCGUUCCUGGCUAUCAGUUGUUGAAGUCCUCACAUUCCAACAUCUGCGUGUCGACUCCGACGAUCGCUUGCGUCAAGUUGAUCACUACCUGACCCCGGAUCGCAGAGCCGCCUUCCGCAGACUUGAUGUGACUGUUCACCUUCCUGAAUACGGAGAGGAUAGCUGGACCAGAUUGGAGACCGAGUCGGAGAAAGCAACAAACAACCAGAUCUUCUCUGAUUCUCUGAAGACAAUAUUUGAGGUGAUCAACUCUUGGAAUUUGCUUCUGGCUCUCGCCUCGGAAGCCCUAAGUUCCUCGUCUUCUGCAAAGACGGGCAGGUCUCGGUUUACUCUAGAGAUACAGGCCAUCUCGCAAAGCGAUUACUAUCACAUGGAUGAUCAGAUUCAAGGACGUCGUGCUUACAAGAUUGAAUCCGAUUGUGAGAUGGUCAGACACGAAUCCAGCUUUCUGGACCUAGUUCAGGAGUUGCCGCCGCUCCCCGCCGUAUCUGAUUUGAUCAUUCACGGUGGCGCUCCGCGUGAAUUCCACAAACUCCAUCCUCGAUAUAUAUCCGCACAAGCUGCAUUACGUAUGGUAGAAGCUUGUCCUUGCGUGGAAAGGGUUGAGUUACAACUUUGGGACAUGGAAAGCAAGAACUUGACGUUACGCAACAGUGAACGNAGCAGUGCAAUGCCCGAGACUGUCAAGCACCUGAAGCUGCACUAUCCUGGCGUCGUACCUGCCAAUCAGUUUUUCGACCCUCCAGCCAUUCCUAAUGUCGACGGGAAAGAUUCUCUCAGCAGUGCUUUCAAUGUGCUCUCACAGCAACUCGAGUCCUUACAUCUCCAUGCUGUAGUCAGCGAAGACCUCUUUGACAUAUCGUCGGCAUCAACUCAGUGGCCCAAAUUACGCGACCUGCGUAUCAACUUCGAUUUUGUCAUGCCCAACGGCGUCUGGAUGAUUGAACAAGACCCCGAGGAUUCAGAACCUGACGUUGAUGGAGACCUGAACUACGACGACUUGCACAACGAUAGAUAUGACUAUGAGAUGCCCGCCCGCUUCAACUGGCCAGAGCAAUACUUCCGGAUAGCACCCAACAGUGAUGUUUUCGACGGUCUCCAUCUGGCCGUUGCGCAAGCCUUGCCGAAGAUGCUAAAUCUCCGCAGCCUGCGAUUCAGCGUCGAUGGAGGUGGCACAGGAUGCGCGUGUACAUUCAUUACCAAUGGUCGAGAGAACCACAGGGUCCUCUGGAGGAGUUGCUCGACUACAGCCUAUGAGCCUCACCCUGAAGUCAUCGCAGAAUGNGGGAAAGCCUUCGAGCAAAAAUCUGGACAAUUGGAGUCACAAAUCGCUGGCAUCGAAGACACUGCGGCAUCCGAUCUGGUUGAUGAUGUCGGAUGGCCGAGUUUCUGA